CAGCUGCCACCCACUGCGCCCCUUACUGCCUGUGCUAUGAGCGAUUCUGACGACAAACGUGGUCAACGCGUUUAGAAUUUCUUGCGCACCGAAUCCAAGUCGCGAUGACUGCAGUUAAUGUACCUUUCUAUGGACGGUUGGCCCUGGUGACAGGGGGUGCGGGUGGUAUCGGCCAGGCGGUCUGCCACUUGCUUGCCGCCGAAGGGGCCACCGUGGUGGUUGCUGACAUACAGCUCGAGGUAGCAGAGAAUGUUGCCCGAUCUCUGCCAGGUGAGGCCAAGCACCAGGCCAUGUACGUUGACGUUGGUGAACCGUUGUCCGUGGAGACGCUCUUCAAUGGCAUCAGGAGUGCGUUCUCCGAGCCACUGAGCAUAGUCGUCCACUGUGCUGGUAUUUUGCGCACGGCACCACUCUCCCAGUGCACUGAUGAGCUCUUCGAUGACAUUAUCCGGGUGGAACUUAAGGGUACCUUCCUGGUGACCCGAGCAGCUAGUCGUGAUAUGCUGCGUUCUGGAACACCGCUGUCUGAAUGGAGAGGAGCCAUCGUCAACAUAUCCAGCCUUGCAGCCAAGUGCGGCUCUAUGCCGUCGUGCGCGUACGCCGCUGCCAAGGCCGGCGUCGUGGCGCUGACCAAGUCGGCAGCGUUGGAACUGGCGAAGCACGGUAUCCGCUGCAACGUAGUCAUACCCGGAUGGGUGGAGACCCCCAUGAUGGAGGACGCUGGUGAAAGCAGCAAGGCAAGAGUUGUAGCGAACACACCGCUCAAGAGGACCGCCCAGCCACUGGAGAUAGCAGAGGCCAUCAAGUUCCUGUGCUCGCCCACAACGAGUUCCUACAUCACGGGAACUGUCCUUGAAGUCACCGGGGGUUUUAAGAUGUGAAUUAUUUUCGUUCGCUUCGGCACGGUUAUAAAAUGACACCAUGAUGAGAUGAAAUACGGGCGUGCCGAAAUAUUCACCGUAACUCUUCUAGGUCUGGCUUUUCUGGCACUUGUUUGAGUGGAUUGAGGACAAAAAAGAUGUAUGUGUUAGUGUGAUCUUGGAUAUAAUGAAAGAACCGCAAGUUAAUGUUAUCGUUAGGCUGUUAAGUAUUACCGUGCUGAUGGCUGAAUGC